AUGAUUUGGAGAAAGAAGAAUAAGUAUACUGACUCUAUUAGUGGUGUUCUUCACAUCGUCAACGUAUUUCUCGGCUACGUGCCUACCUUUCUGGAUGAUUAUGUAGUCUCGUCGUUCGACUCGAGUGUGUUAGACAAGGCGCAGCUCUUAGAUAUAACACGCGACGUAACUCCGGUCCCUUGCCACUCGCACAACGACUACUGGCGCCGAGUACCGUUGUACGACGCCCUGCGCUGGGGUUGCACAGGCGUCGAAGCAGAUGUUUGGCUCUUCGAUGAGGAGCUGUACGUUGGUCACAGCACCAACGCCCUGACGCAAGAUGGCACCUUUACGUCCAUGUACGUUGACCCAUUGGUCAAGAUGCUAGACCAUAAGAACGAACUCGGAGACUUCUCCACUUCAUCCAAUGUCAAGAACGGCAUCUUUGACACCGAGCCUGCGCAGACUUUGGUCCUACUAGUCGACUUCAAGAACAACGGCCACGACAUCUUCCCCGUCGUAUCGCAACAACUCAACGCACUCCGCGAAAAGGGCUACCUCACCUACUUCAACGGCAACACCACCAUCGAGGGCGCCAUCACUGUCGUCGCAACCGGCAACGCCCCCUUCGACCUCAUCACCGCAAACUCAACCUACCGCGACAUCUUCUUCGACGCUCCCUUGGACAAGCUCGAUGAAGGCUCAGUCACCACUCGCGGCGGCCAAGGCACAGUCGGCACAACACCCUCGUCCCACUUCGACAGCACAAACUCAUACUACGCAUCCGUCAACUUUGGCCACUCAAUCGGCACACUUUGGUUCGGUCGCAUCACCGAAGCUCAACGCCUUAAGAUCCGCGCUCAGAUCCAAAGUGCGAAGGAAAGGGGACUGAAGUCGCGCUACUGGAGUGCGCCUAAGUUUCCCAUUGGACUGAGGAACAGGGUGUGGAAGAUGCUGGUUGAGGAGGAUGUGGGGUAUUUGAAUGGCGAUGAUCUGCAGGGUAUGACAAGGUUGGAUUGGGGGGUUAAGAGACACUGGGGUUUGAUCGGUUGA